AAUGGGCAAAAAUGAGAAAAAUGAAGAACUGGAAAAUUUAAGGUCUCAAUGCACUGCAAUGCAUGCGAAAGAACAGUCGCAAGGGCCAUUUCCAAGUUGAAAGGCGUUGAGAAGUUCACUACAAAUAUGAAGGAGCACGAGGUCGUAGUUACAGGGCGGAUAGAUCCACAGAAAGUGUUGAAGAAACUGAAGAAGAAGACAGGGAAGAGAGUUGAUAUGGUGAUUGAUGAUAAUAACAAUAAAGAGUCCCCGGAAGUUGAGGUUGAUGAAGGAAAUAAUAAUGGAGAUGGACCAGUUGAUGAGGCAUGGUUGUUUGAUUUUUGUAAGGACGGUGAAGUGAUGACGAUGUUCAGUGAUGAGAAUCCAAAUGCUUGUUUAAUUAUGUAAAACUACAACGUCGCAUUUGGUUCUCAAGGACUUCUGAAAACUUACAUUUUUGAAACCCUUCUGAAGAUACUUCUAAAUUGACUGUGGGUUUUCCUUUGCUAUUUUUGAAA